AUGCUGGAACUGGCUGCAAGGGCAGAAAGCUCCUGCAAGCGAUGCCAUCGCAGAAAGAAGCGCUGUGACAAAACUCUGCCACAGUGUCAAGCGUGCAAGCAUGCGAAAGUGGCAUGCAGCUUCCUCGAUGAUGAGACGCAGGUAGCAUCUUACCCAGUCGCCUAUGUCCGAGGGCUGGAACGUCGAGUUAAAGAGCUUGAACAACAAGUCACAGCGUCGUUAACUCCUCAAACCUCUCAUAAUGACCUUUCUUCACAUCCUUGGGAUCAAGAUAACGAUUCCCCGCUGGCUGAGGGUCCCAUGCCCUCCGGAAAUAUAACAAACAACUCCCCACCGGUGCAAGGUGCGGAUGAUGCGAUACUAAGUUUCGACGAAUUUCCAAUCUCACCCAUGCUAAAGGCUCUGGGACAAAAUCCAGCUAACCUAGCAGAAGAGCUGCGAUUGGUUUCUUUGGAGGCGGCGGCUGAGCGCUAUUUGGGUUCCUCUUCUGGCCUCCCUUUAGCCCAACUCACCCAGACCGUUCUUCGGCGACUAUCUCCAGAUCAAGACGGCUUUGUGUUCGAUGAAGAUAUCAACGGCAAUAAACAUCAAAGCUGUGACCUUAACACGAACGUUAUUCCAAACUUGAAUCCAAUUUCUUUCGAAAUGAACCCUUCCUUGUCAAGCCCCAUGCCGCUAAGCUCGCUAUUCGAAAACCCAACCAUUGAUGACUAUGAGGAUACAACGGGCCUUACUUUGCUAGAGCCUACUCAUAUCAGCUAUAUCCUGGAAUUUUAUUUUGCGCAUUCCCAUACUCUCUAUCCAAUUAUUCGCAAGAAUGACUUUGAGGAGGUCCUAUGGAGAAUAUACGCCAAUCCUUUGGAUCCUUUAUCACAGUCUCCACUGUGGCAAUUCAGAAUAUGGAUGAUCCUAGCAAUCGGUUCGACGACUUACUGCUCUGUUUCUUUGAUGGAUGAGACAGAGCCAGUAAGGUUUUUCAACAAAGCCAUGACUUAUUUUGAGCCAGCGAUGGGAUGUGGUGAUUCGGCCGGGUUGGAGGUUCUGAUGCUCCAAGUAUCGUAUUCAUUCUUUAAUAAAAUAGGACCCAAUACCUGGUUUUUGGUGGGUGUUGCUGCUCGUAUGGCAACCGGAAUGGGACUCCACACAUCGGAAGUCUAUCAAUCUCUCGCGGUCGAUGUUGCCGAGCAACAGAAACGAAUCUUCUUUUCUCUUUAUAUGAUGGAUCGCGUUGUUUCAUUGGCCCUCGGAAGGCCUUUUGCUAUUCAAGAUGACGACAUAACAGUUGAGCCAUUUGCCGAUGCAGAUGAUGAAAACAUCAAUCCGAACAAUAUCAAGCCGUCUAUCAAGCUAGAGCCUUCCACCAUGGCAGUUCCUCUCCAUAUUCUGGCCUUGCGGAGGAUUGCUAGCGACAUUGGAACUCUGGUGCACUCCCCCAAGCAUGUUGAGCGACAGAGUCAGGAGACACGUGAUCAAACCAUUCAAGAGCUCCACAGACGACUCGUCGAAUGGCGCCGAAGUAUGCCGUUUCCUCUCCCUGAUCUACAGUCUAAGGUGCCUCAUCUUUGCACUAGCUGGUUUGAUCUAAAUUACUAUCUUCACACCAUUAUGCUUUAUCGCCCCUCGCCGCUAAAUCCUAAUUUGGACGUCUCUGGAAUGCGAAUUCUCGCAGAUGCCUCGGGAAUGGCUAUUCGACAAGCGAUUAAUAUGCAUCGCCAAAAUCGAUUUGCUUACAAUUGGCUCAAUCUUGUAGCCGUUUUCAAUUCUGCACUGUCACUUAUGUACACUUCUUCUGCACAGGCUGAAAAUUUGUCCUUGGUAUUGGAUCAUGCCAAAGCACUCGCCGAUCUCGAUCUGGCUGUGGAGCUAUUGGAUUCUUUUGGGGAGAAAUUUCCUUCUGCAAAGAAGAUACAAGGCAUGAUUCGAGCAGUAACAGAGAGACUCGGAGUAUAUAAUAUCUCCUCAGUGAGAUUUUGA